GCCAAUAGGUGGGCAGAGCGCCGGCAGCUGUAAGGAAUGGAGUCGCAAUCGCCCGAUUCGGAUGCGAGCGUCGAUGAGUCUCUCUUCGCUCUCUUGCUGGACCUGGGGAUUCCCGAGGCUGCAGCGCGGAGGGCUCUGGCGCUCACGGGAGGUCAUUCUGCUGAAGCGGCGGCGCAGCUUUACUUCAGUAGCGGUCUCGAUUCCCAGGAUGAAGAUGAGGCACAGGGCAGUGAUGUCAAUCUUCUCCCAAGCAGACACCACAAGAUGGUCUUUGUGGUAAACAUGGAACUCUCCAUGGGAACUGGAAAGAUCGCUGCUCAGGUGGGGCAUGCAGCAAUUGGUUUGUUCCAGCUGGUGCACGAAAAGCCAAGUCAGAGGGGCAUGAUCAACCAAUGGGACGAGCAUGGUGCAAAAAAAGUGGUCCUUCAGGGAGUCAACACAGACCAGUUGCUGGAACUGCACGCGCUCGCCCUGAGUCUAGAAUUGCCAACAUACCUAGUGCAAGAUGCCGGAAGGACACAGGUCCCAGCUGGGUCACAGACAGUCCUUGCCAUCAUAGGAGAAGAAGAGCUGGUGAAUCAGGUGACUGGGCAGCUAAAACUGCUGAACUGAGAAGUUGUGGAGUUUGGCUGUCUGUGGGAUCCCAGGGGGAGACUUUCAAAGCCAUCUCUUCCUCUGCCAACAACUCAAGAAACCACCCGAGCAGAACAGAAACCCCAAAAGACAGCUGUCUUUUGUAAGAGGAGCUUUCUUCUAGACAACGGAAGUGAUUGUUCUCCUGAUCCAGAUUUCUAGUGGGACUCUCAAGGGGGUCUGUGUGAAAGUGGGGCCCCUUAUUCUUCACCAUUUAUAACCAAGCUGCUCUAUAUAAGUAAUGCUUUGGUGGUUUCAGUUAAGGGGAAACAGCGAGGAUCAUCCAAGGUUGCCUUCCCCUCCUGAUGCCCUUCAAAAGUAUUCAUAUAAUCCAUUAACCCCAGUCAAGUUUGGUCACCACCACCCCUCCCCAUCUUCCCCAAGUGAGAAAGUGCAGGUUACUCUAGUAUAUAAAUUCUCACACCAUUUGGGUAUCUUGUGCCAAGAGUAUAUCACACUUUUUUUUUUCCUGUGAUGUGAAAAGGAACAAGUGUUGCAAUCUUUGGAGAGCUUUAUCUGACUUAUCUUGCUAGUAGCCUCUGGAGAGCCAAAGGAUGGUUGUUCCUGUUUAGAAGGCUGUAAACUUCUCUGUUUAGCUAGUAUAUAUUGUAAUUGAUGGUGUCUGUCCGUAUCUUAUUUUUAACUUCCACAAGUGGGCUGUAUCUUGCUUUAUGACGUCCUUUGUGUCAAUUUCCAAAUGGCUUUGAAAAACUGGAUUUUCAAAGCAACGCUAGUCCUGUUCAGAUGUUUCUGUUAACAAAUAGCUGAAUUAAAUUGCAGUAGUCGUCAUUGGGGAGAAGGAAAACGUGCAGCAACAUGAAGGUUUAGAUUUUCCCAUCUUAAAAUAGCCCUUUUUAAUGUUUGUGUCUUUGUUCUCAAAAUAUUAAGAACAAGAAAAACCAAGAUUAUGUAGCAGGUCUGUGACAAGUGUCUUUUUCUGUAUCUUUGUUAAAGUGAUAACAUUAUUUCCUGGGCUUUUUCCAAUGCUGGUCCGAUAACUCCUUUCUUUGCCAGUGCUAAUUUUUGCAUAGAU